ACGUGGUGCGGGACUCCCCGGGUCACGUGCCGGCGGGGGUCCGGCGUUGCCUUGGCAGCGGCGGCGGCGGCUCGGGCUCGUUGGCGGCGGCUCCGGCGCAGUCGGCGGGGCUGAGCGGACCCGCCCGGGCACUGCCCCCGCCGCGGCGCCAUUGCUUUCAUCAUGAGUUCCGAGUUAAACGUCCCGGCGGAUCCUGCCACUCCUGCUUGCGGCUCUGAACCUGGCACAAAGGGCAUGGAUUAUCGGGACUGGGUCCGACGUAGCUAUCUGGAAUUGGUCACUUCAAAUCAUCACUCUGUUCAGGCCCUCGCAUGGAGAAAACUGUAUCUGAGCCGAGCCAAGCUCAAAGCUUCCAGCAGAACGUCUGCUUUGCUCUCUGGAUUUGCUAUGGUUGCCAUGGUUGAGGUGCAACUAGAGAUGCAGUAUAAGUACCCCCAAAUGCUGCUGAUUGCGUUCAGUGCCUGCACAACAGUGCUGGUAGCAGUUCAUCUCUUCGCCCUUCUCAUCAGCACCUGUAUACUACCUAACGUGGAAGCGGUGAGUAACAUACACAACCUGAACUCCAUCAGUGAAUCCCCACAUGAACGCAUGCACGUCUACAUAGAGCUGGCCUGGGGUUUCUCCACAGUCUUGGGAAUCCUCCUUUUCCUUGCUGAGGUGGUGCUUCUGUGCUGGAUAAAAUUUCUGCCUGUGGACUCCAUUAUGAAAAACGAGACUGCCGUCAUGCAAAAGCCCAGUGGCCAUGUGGGCUGGCAAGCAGCCCUGGUCUCCACCAUCAUCAUGGUCCCAGUGGGUCUGAUUUUUGUUGUCUUCACCAUUCACUUCUACCGUUCUCUGGUGCGGCACAAAACGGAGCGACAUAACCGGGAGAUUGAAGAGCUUCACAAACUGAAAGUGCAAUUAGAUGGACAUGACAGAGGGUUGCAGGUAGUGUGACAGAGGAACAGGGAUCUGUUUCAAAACAAAUCAUUUUGCUGAGGCUAAGAGCAAAAUAAACAUUUUGCUAACAGGAGCAACCAAAACCAAUGAUGGAUUAUUUGGGGGUCUAACAAUCUAAAAUGCGAAUUGCCUGAUUUAUAGGGCAAUGGGUUCUAGUUCUUCCCCACACUAAUGGGGUCUCUGGCCUAUUUCUGGUCCUACACAAUUGUGUACUUAAGUUGAUACUGCCACACAGUUAAAGCCCAAAACUUUAUCUACUUUAACAUUAUGUUCUGGAGGGUGAUUUCCAAAGUGUUCUAUUUUAACAAUGCAACCUUCUUUUGCCAAGAGUGAAAUUACUUGAUACUUCAAAAAAAAAAGCCACUGUUUCUGUAGGACCUGUUUGUUUAGGUUAUUUUUGAGUGCCAGGGCUCCCUUGCUGGUUGUGCAGCAGCAAACUGACAAUGAUUGUUUCCAGGGUUGAGGUGAUAAGUAGUGCUAUCUACUACAAAUCUGAGGACCUUCUGAAAGCACUGCAGAACAUGGGGUGUGUGUUUGCCAUCUUUAUUAUAAAAUGGGUGUUACAGAAACAGGUCACUAGAAUGAUGCAAGAGGUUAGAAAUCAGCAGUCUUAGUACAUAUGUCCUCCUUUUGCUAUCCUCUUUUGCUAGUACCUAACCCUGCUUUAGAACGGGGAGAGAGAAUUUCAGACUGGCAGGAGGCUGGGAAGCUCUGUUUUGCCUGCUUCAGUAGUGUCCAUUCUUUUCCAAUGAAUGCACACCAAGAUCUUCUAAUGUUACUGAUCAUGAAAGUUUGUGUGCCCAGGGAAGGCUUACAGGUAUUUUCAUUUUAACAACAAAGACAUUGUUAAAGCAGGAAACUAACUGGGAAUUUAAAAAGGCCUGGCAUAGAAUUUCAAAGGACUAGAAAAGCAGAUUUAAAGGGGUGAGGAAAGAUAGCACACCACUGAAAUCUGUCACUGUGUUUUCUUCAUUUGCUUUGUAUAUACCAGAAUAAUUCCUGUUUUGCUGGCUUGGUUUGCCACAUAGGGCUCGGCGUCCAGAUCCCGUGCUUUUUCCUUGUUCUUUGUGUUAGUUGUGCCUGAGAGCUCUCAGCAUUCUUACCCCUUAGGGAAGAAAGCCUCUUGCAUUUUCUCAAACAACACAUACCCCUUGUGGCACACGGAGCUGCAUUUUUGCGUUUGGGGUGAGCUGCGUCCAGCCUUUGCCAUUCCAAAGGGAAAGCUGCGUGUAGGUAAAGUACCAUCACAUUUCACUUAUUGGCUGUAUUUCAGCAGUGGAGGAAGUGAUUCUUGUUUGUGCUUAUGUAGCUUCGUGAGUGAAACUUGUAAAGCACUGUAGCAUCUUUCUGGGUGAAAGUGUAAUUAGUUGUGACUUUAUUUAUAACUACUUCAUGGGGAGGCAAAAUAUUCUUCUGCAAUCAGUAGCUUGAUUUUAAUUUUUAAAGGAAAAGUAACACUUAUUUCAGCUACAGAAAUAUGUCAAAAUAUUUAAGCAAAGUUGUCCUGUCCUGUCUCAUCACACUCAGUAAUCUGCAGGAUGCUGCCAGUGCUCAUUUCAGGCCCUAUUCCCUUGCAUUCGAUAAUAGUUUUACAAUUUCUGCCAGUUCUUGAAUAGUUCUAAAAUAAUUGAAGAAGUUUGUGAUGUUCUAUUUAAUCCCUUCCCUUCAACCAGUGGUAUUUAGGAAAUAUGUCAGUGUACUAAGUAUCAGAUUCCCAGCAUGGGGAGCAUGUGAAAUGAGUGCAGCAAGAUGAGAAUGUAUCUUUAAAUCUCUCUCUCUCUCUGACAAGUUCCUGGGAAGCCAAAUCCAAUCCUUUUUCUUCAUUUUAAUUCAGUCAUUCCUGGGCAAGCGGGUUAGCACUCAUCUGUUUUUUCACCAGUUAUUCUCACCCUCAUCGCCACGGGCCAUGUUUACACAGGACUACCUACUGCUUUCCAAAUACACAAUAUAAGGACCUUGUUUCUGGAAGGGAGUAGUUUUAAAAUUCCUGCUAAAGCUCCUGAAUGUAAUUUCAGUGACCCUCCAUACCAAAUGCUACUGCACUUCCUUAUAUGUAGCACCUCUAUCCUAAGGACCCCAACGGGUUUUGAAUGUCACACAGUAAUCUCUUCUUCCAUUAUAGAAAUGUAGCCACUAUUUGACAUUGCACAGAUACCCUAUACAAGUUUUAGGAUGGAACUUUAAUACUGAUUGCAGUUGAAAUUGCUGGGAUAGUUUAAGGAAGUAGAGUAUAAUUCCCUGAUUUGGAGGUUGGCUAGAAUAUUAGGGUUGAAUUCUGUCCCAUCUCACCACAGUAAAAAUUAGUAUUGACAUGUCAACCAUAUCAAGAUCACAGUAAUGAAAAUCAGAGUUUCAAAUAUAGUGACAUGAAAUUUUUCACAACCCUAAGUGAAGUAGCUAGGUUGACUUAAGUUUUUGGUGUAGACCAGGCCUCAGGUUGUGUCUAAGUUUGUCCACUAGAGCAGUGGUUCUCAACCAGGGGUCCGGUGCCCCCUGGGGGGCCAUGAUCAGGUUUGAGGAGGGCCGCCAAACCUGAGGGCCACGAUCAGGUUUAAGGAGGGCCACCAAUUAGACUUGCUGGGGUCCAGGGCAGAAAGCCAAAGCCCCAGUGCCCUGAGCCCCGCCACCCGGGGCUGAAGCUGAAGCCUGAGCAACUUAGCUUAAUGACAGGUUUCAGAGUAACAGCCGUGUUAGUCUGUAUUCGCAAAAAGAAAAGGAGGACUUGUGGCACCUUAGAGACUAACCAAUUUAUCUGAGCAUGAGCUUUCGUGAGCUACAGCUCACUUCAUCGGAUGCAGUGAGCUGUAGCUCACGAAAGCUCAUGCUCAAAUAAAUAGGUUAGUCUCUAAGGUGCCACAAGUCCUCCUUUUCUUUUAGCUUAAUGAGGCUCGCUGUGGUGUGGGGCCCUAGGCAGUUGCCCUGCUUGCUACCUCCUAAUUCUGGUCCGGCCUUUUAUAUGCAGAAAACCAGUUGUGGCACAAGUGGGCCAUGGCGUUUUUAUAGCAUGUUGGAGGUGGGAGGCCUCAGAAUGAAAAAGGUUGAGAACCCCUUCACUAGAGGCUGUCUCCUGCAGGCCAGUAGGAUGAUUUGGCCCUCCAGCCAUAUCAAAUAAUCCUCUGCCAUGGCAAAUAAAGUCAAAACACCACCAAGCAAGAUUGUGCCUUUUGCCCUCUUUAGGCCACAGCCCUGCCCAGUGUGUGUGUGUGUGUGGGCAUUAAUCCUUUCCCUUGCAUCUAUAGUCCUUUUGCUGCUUGGCUGCAGGGGUCCAUGACAGCCAGGCAUUCCUAUACCCUCUCAUCAGCUUCUUGCUAUGGCUUCUCUCCAGCUCCUGCCCAAAAAGUAGUGGUUCCUUUUCUCUUUCUCCUGUGCCUCUUCGUCUUCCUCUAAUGUGUCUUCCUCGCCGCCACUCUUGCAUAUCGACUCACUGGCAUCUGUUCCUUAAAGGUUGCAUAUGGUGUCAGCCACCGCUACAGAAAUUGUAGCUGAUCUAAAAAAGGGUGUUUGGCAGCAUGGUGAAACUCGGCCGUUUCCCAAGCAAUGUCUGAAGCAGCAUGAGCUUGUUUUAAUUAGACUUUUGCUAAGGCUUCAUGGAGUUGAGCCCUAUCUUGGCCAGCUGUGCGUGUCUGAGCCACUGUGCCAAAAUCCAGCAGCUGCUGCUUGUCUUCACACGAACAGGAUUCUCAGUAGUGAAGCUUGUAAGUGCCUCUCCUUCCAUUACGUUCUCAGUUGUCUAAAUUUACCAGUUGUUGACUUCUGUUCACUGCAUUUUCCCCCACUGCCUCUCGUUGCUAUUGUCCCUCUAUUCCAGAUUUCACCCCUGGGACCCCCCUAUACUGUAGAGCGACCAUUUGUCUUCAGCUCCCAACUGCUUGCUUCAUGAUUCCCAGGGCCACAUUCUGCUUAGAUCUAUCUCUGGUCAGGCUUUCUCCCUGCAGUCUUCUGCUGAGCCCCUCAUGGGCUCUGCUUCUGAUUCUCUGCCGCAGGGAGCCACCAGUGGUCUCCCUGCAGCCCCCCGAUGACUGUUCUUCCCCAGGUCAUCUUCUGAGUCUUCUUAGGCAGUUCCUUCCUUGGCUCCCUUUUAGCAGGGAACCAUGCAGGCCCCGGCCCAAGCCAUCCCUGUUGAGCCUUCCCAACCAGCUGCUGCUCUUCUCAGGUCUGUCUCCUCUGCUGAGGGAAGGAAGCUACCUACCUAGUACUUAUAAGGCCACUCCUCUUCAUAGUGUCAGGGCACUUCUUAUUACUUAAAAAGAUGACAAUGAUCUCUCUCUCUCUUCUCUUUCACUGCCACCAAGUAUCAAGCUUAGAGUAUUUCUGAAAAGAAUGAAUUUGAGAACAAGGGCACUAUUGUGGGAAAGCCUGGGGGAAGAGAUGGGCUUCACACUUGGCUCUGAAUACACUGAGGUUAGUGGCUGUUCUGAUUUUCUUCUGGAAAUGAGUUCCAUAUUCUUAGUCCAGACGCUGUCUCCCAUAGUUACAAACCUACACAUAUUGAUCAACAGUAUCAUUGUUCCCAUGAAAACAUGGUGGCUGGGAGGCCUUUGUCACAGAGGGAGAUAUGUGGAUUCAGGGGUUUGGGACGAGUUCUGUGUAGGGCUUUGAAAAUCAGGACUGUGACUUUGAACUGGACUAUCUUCAUUGGGAAGCCAGUGCAGAAAGCAGUGUGUUGGGAUAAGAAUGGCUAUACUGGGUCAGACCAAAGGUCCAUCUAGCCCAGUAUCUUGUUUUCUGACCAUAGCCAAUGCCAGGUGCUUCAGAGGGAAUGAACAGAGCAGGUGAUCAAGUGAUCCAUCCCCUGUUGUCCAUUCCCAACUUCUGGCAAACAGAAGCUAGGGAUACCAUCCUGCUUGUCCUGGCUAAUAGCCAUUGAUGGACCGUUCCUCCAUGAAUGAAUCGAAUGAGAGAGAACUAUCCACAAUGAGAACUAUCCAUAGAGAACUAUCCACAAUGACUCCAAGAUCUUUCUGGAGUGGUAACAGCUAAUUUAGACCCCAUCAUUUUCUAUGUGUAGUUGGGAUGAUGUUUUCCAAUGUGCAUUACUUUGCAUUAGUCAACAUUGAAUUUCAUCUGCCAUUUUGUUGCCCCAUGACCUAGUUUUGUGAGAUCCCUUUGUAACUCUUCGCAGUCUGCUUUGGACUUAACUAUCUUGAGUAGUUUUGUAAUAUCUGCACAUUUUGCGACUUCACUGUUUACCCCUUUUUCCAGAUCAUUUAUAAAUAUGUUGAAUAGGACUGGUCCCAGUACAGAUCUCUGGGGGCCACCACUAUUUACCUCUCUCCAUUCUGAAAAUUGGCCAUUUAUUUAUUAUAAUUGUUUCCUAUCUUUUAACUACUUAUUGAUCCAUGAGGACCUUUCCUUUUAUACCAUGAUAGCUUACUUUGGUUAAGAACAUUUGGUGAGGGACGUUGUCAAAGGCUUCUUGAAAAUCUAAGUACGCUAUAUCUACUGGAUUACCCUUGUCCACCUGCUUGUUGACUCCCUCAAAGAAUUCUAGUUGAUGAGGCAUGAUUUCCCUUUACAAAAACUAUGUUGACUCUUCCCCCAACAAAUCUUGUUUAUCUCUGUGCCUGAUAAUUCUGUUUACUAUAGUUUCAACCAGUUUGCCUGGUACUGAAGUUAGACUUACCAGCCUGUAAUUGCUGGGAUCACCUCUGGAGCCUUUUUUAAAAAUGGGUGUCACCUUAGCUAUCCUCCAGUCAUCUGGUACAGAAGCUGAUUUAAGUGAUAGUUUACAUACCGCAGUUAGUACUUCUGCAAUCUCACAUUUGAGUUCCUUCAGAACUCUUGGGUGAAUACCAUCUGGUCUUGGUGAUUUAUUACUGCUUAGUUCAUCAGGUUGUUCCAGAAUCACCUCUAAUGACAGUUCCUCAGAUUUGUAUCUGGGUAAUGUAUAACUGUGACCUGUGUUGCUGAGGACUUGAGUACCACAUCCUGAACUAUGCAGAGUUUCUUCUGGGAAUGGGUCUUCCUUACUAGAUACAGAGAAUUGUAAUAGUCCAGCCUAGAUGUCUGGCAAUUUGAUAGAUGGGAUUGUAAUGCUUCAAGGAAUUCUCCUCUACUUUCCUCCUCCUGCUAGCAAUCCUUCAACCUUAUCCAGAGUCAGAAAGGCAAUCAGAAAGCUUGGAGACUGUGGUGUUCAGUUGAUGGAAGGAAGAUGUACAGCUCGGUGUCAUCCAUGUACUGCUGGCACUUCAGCCCACGCUAUCUCACUAGCUCUCCCAAAAGCUUCACACACAUUGCAAAAGAGGGGAAAAAGAGCUAAGCCUGGUGGGACCCCUGGUGUGAGGGGGCUGGAAGCAGUUAUUCCUGACAAUCCAUUGGGUUCAGUCUGAGAGGAAAGACCUGAGCCAUUGUAGGACAUUUUCCAUUCAUACCUGGCUGCUUUUGGAGACCACACAGGAGAGUUUGAUCGCUUGCUGCAGAGUGGUUCAGCGUACUCCCUUAAAACCACCUUCUUCCAAACAGACCUUGCUAUAGUCUGCAGUUACCUGAUUUGGGAGGAAACCAGGCAUGGGCAAGAGGGAGCUGGGGCUUCAGAUCUUUUUAAAGGCCCAGUUCACACUGUGACAAGAGGUAAAUAAUGUAUUGGAUAGAAAGUUGGCCAAAACCAUGAAGCAACUGUUAUCUUGCCUGCUGGACAGAAGUUCCUUGUAAGGUAUUAUACAUCUGGGUUGUAGCUUGAGACCUUUCACUUGAGUUAUGAGUUGGACAUAAGAAUAUGCACAUUUAAAUAGUUACUGUCUCCAGAUAGGAGGGGGGGAAAUGCGAGCAGACUUCAAGAAUCUGGAUCUUUCCUAGGGAAAUGAAGUUUACGCUAGAUAAUAAGAAAUAAUAAGUCUAAGGCCAAAGCUGGCUUAUGUAUGACAGAACAGUAGUCCAGACCAAAGAUUUGGGGAUCAUAAUAGGGAAAAGCUCUUAAAGGGACAGUGGACUUUGUCUUCAUCUCCUCAGUUGUUUCUUUGCAAGUACCUGACACAGUUAGGAUUGCUAAGCAGGUUAAGAUACGAUAAGAUGUGCUUUGGCUCUCUCUGAUGGGUACUUUUUGGAAAGAUUCGCAAAAUCCACUUAGUGGUGUCUUACUGAAAGCAGGGUAAAAAGAAAAAUUGUGGGUUUAAUUUUAAAAAGUGGCCUGAUGCACUGUGGUGUACACACAUCGGGGUUCUAAGCAAACUAUUUUUGAACAUAGCUACAGGAAAAAAUGGCUGGAGUCUGACACUUGCCCGGGACACGAACCCUCCCUGAGAGCGUGCGUGUGCGCCUCUCUUUUGAGGAGCAAAGAGAUGAGACAUUGAAACCCCGAUUAAGGGGAAAAUCACAUCUGCGUAUGCUCAUGCAUUAUCUGCUAAGAUUUUAGUAGCGCCUGUUGAAACUCCCUCCCACUUCAACAUCACUGAAAUUCUCCCUGAUAGCGGAGGGCCCAGACAGGGACAUCAGCUGGUGCUGGGACUGUAAAUGUGUCAGUGGAGGAUUUUGCUGCAAGGAAAAGGUGAAAAGUGCAGGUGCAGAAAAUCCAGAAGCCCGUGAUUUUAGAGUGCCUCUGACUUUUGAUGCAGUUGCAGUGUGAACUGUAAGAAAAGUGUUUCCAGCCCAAACAGUGGCAGCCAUAAAGGUGAGAAUUCUCUCCCCUCCCGUACUGAAAUAGGUAUGGUCUUCAAAGCUAAAUUAACACUACAUAGAAAAUUAAGAUAAGAAUGACAACACAGGGUCAGCCCUAGCUCAGUAUCCUGUCUUAUGACAGAGGCCGGUGCCAGAUGCUUUAGAGGGAAUGAAUAGAACAGGGCAAUUAUCGCAUCCCGUCAUCCAUUCCCAGCUUCUGGCAAUUGGAGGCGAGGGACA